CGUUGAGUGACAGCUGUCCAAUAGGGACCCUCAGUGCUAGUAUGGUUUGCGGCUUAAGCGCCGCCGCGGUCUGAGGAAUGUCAACUAUUCAACAUGGAGGAGGAGGUCGAUAAGCUGGAAUUGAUGUUCCAGAAAGCUGACUCUGAUCUGGAUUACAUUCAAUACAGGGUGGAAUAUGAAAUCAAGACCAAUUAUCCUGAUUCUGCAGGCGAGAAAAAUCCAGUUACACUCUUAAAGGAAUUGUCAGCAAUAAAGUCUCGAUAUCAAACUUUGCAUGCACGCUUUAAACCAAUUGCCGUCGAGCAGAAAGAGACUAAGAGCCGCAUUUGUGCUACUUUGAAUAAAACUGUGACCAUGAUACAGGAACUACAAAAGCACACAGACCUGGAGCUGUCACCACUGACUGAAGAAGAGAAAACUGCGGCACAGCAAUUAAAAUCUCACAUGUCAGACUUAUGAAGAAAUGGACUUGCAAAAAGGAACUCUAUAAAAAUAGAGAUCAACUCCAGAGAGAUUUAAGGAAGAUGUCUUGUUAGCACCUGAUGUCUAGAGGUCAAGUGUGGUGAAGGAGGAGAUUUGGCCUACGUGACCAAGUAGUGAUGCCUUUCACAAGAGAGGGGACUAUAAGAAGGGCAGAUACAUGAAUAAAUUUCAGUCAAAAGGAUGGAAUGGGAAUAAAGGGAUUUAAAAUAUAUAUGCACACACACUUAGUUUUGUAAUUUCAGACAAGGAUCUCUAACACUGUUUUCAUCUGUUUUUGUAUAAUCGGGAUAACCUACGAGUAGAUGUCCUGUCCUGGCAUUAAAAGAAUGUUCAUGUGCUAUCAGCCAGUCGAAUGUGAAUGAGCAUGCUUUGGAAAAUAAAGGAUAGAAAAAAUAUUUGUAUUAUACAUGUAUAGAAUUUCCUAUUUUUGAACACGUUGACUGUCGAUGUGGUCACAUUGUAGGUGAGAUUGGAUGUGACCUGUAGUCUCCCAUAACACUGAACCUUUGUAAUAAGCUGGUUCUCCUGUGACAGCCUCACUUUUACUUUUUUCCUAUUCCUUCUGCCUGCUAAUGUUGAGCAGCAUGACUCUACAUUCAAAUGCUAUUUUAGACUGUCCCUGUUAUAUUUCAAUACCUUUGUUCUCCAGCCUAUAUUACUGUAAUUAUUCAUUCUAUAUGAAAGCUAAGAAAUUGCAAUCAAAAGA